AUGCCCUGGCGAGUGAAGAGAUGCAAUGAGAGUACCCUUCCGCUAGUCAAUCUGCUUAGCUCUCACUCGUCUAUCGCUACGGUUCAUCAUCCAUCCACUGCGCCAAUUUCAUCUUUAUACCAAAGUGUGAUGCGCAAAGAUGGAGGCUAUGGUAAUGUGCUGAGUAUCAUCUUCCAUCGCCCGGACAGCGCUGAAUAUCUCUACAGUAUCCUUGAUGUCUACAAAGGUUCCAGCUUUGGAACUAAUUUCACUCUGGUGAUUUCAUAUGUCCAGCUGGCAAUUUACUGGAACAGAGAAAGGGUCCCAAAGUAUGGGGUGCCGCAACACAUACUUCGCAUCAGUGUUGGACUCGAGGACAGUGACCGGUUGGUAGCAACUGUCGUCAAGGCACUCAAGAACGUGGAGGUAUUGAAUCUCAAAACAUUGCCUAGCUAG